AGUAAGUGGACACGCCUCCACUAAUGAUCACAUCGACGACGUUUACCCCGCGCUCGGCGCCACAUAUCGAGCGCAUGUCGGACCUUGGCGUACAGCUUCAAUAUAAUGCCAUGCGGGAAUCUACCAGACUGGCAUUACAUUGCAGCCAUGUCCUAGAUGAGACUUUCAAGUCGGGAGUCCCGCUGAAUGGUGCAUGGUUGAAGGGCAGGUCAUGUCUGAGACGGACUCUUUCGUGGUCAUCCUCAAAGCACAUCAAGGAGUGGGAGAGCGAUAAGCAAGGAGUGUUUGCAGCUACCCGGGAUGAUGAAGCUGAGGAACGGCAAGCGAUGCAUAUCGGAUGCGCGGCAGCCUGCGAGCGACGUGCCAUCCGCAAAGUUGUCCAGGGCGAGGAUAGUGAAUGCCUUGAUGUUGCAUGCAAUGUUAAUCAACGUGAGGUUUGGGGGGCCAAUGGUGAAGUGAGAAGAGAGCGUGGAAGUCGAGCUGAUCGCGGGCCCCGUCGGAAAGACACCCGAACCUGUCGGGACGCGGGGAAAGCGUCGGGAGCAGUGUCUGGGCCGAUAGCCGACGAAAUCGCCGAGGUUGAGAUCCCCCGAAGUUGA